CCGCGGGACCCCCGCCCAGCCCGCCCGCCCUGUCCAGCCGCUUGCGCGCCCCAUCGGCAGCUCUCCCCCUGCGCAUCUCCCUCAGCCGGCGAGCCCAGCGGGUAGCGCGCAGCCGCCAUGUUCAGCUGGCUGAAGCGGAGCGGGGUGCGGGGCCAGCAGCCCGAGGCCAUCCGCACGGUGACCUCGUCCCUCAAGGAGCUGUACCGCACCAAGCUGCUGCCCCUGGAGGAGCAUUACCGCUUCGGAGACUUCCACUCGCCUGCCCUGGAGGACGCCGACUUCGACGGGAAGCCCAUGGUGCUGGUGGCCGGCCAGUACAGCACCGGCAAGACCAGCUUCAUCCAGUACCUGCUGGAGCAGGAGGUGCCAGGCUCCCGCGUGGGGCCCGAGCCCACCACCGACUGCUUUGUGGCCGUCAUGCACGGCGACACCGAAGGCAUCGUGCCGGGCAAUGCCCUCGUCGUGGACCCAGAGAAGCCCUUCCGAAAACUGAACCCGUUCGGAAACACCUUCCUCAACAGGUUCAUGUGCGCCCACCUCCCCAACCAGGUCCUGGAGAGCAUUAGUAUCAUCGACACCCCAGGCAUCCUGUCGGGCGCCAAACAGCGAGUGAGCCGCGGCUAUGACUUCCCAGCGGUGCUGCGCUGGUUCGCCGAGCGCGUGGACCUCAUCAUCCUGCUCUUCGAUGCGCACAAGCUGGAGAUCUCCGACGAGUUCUCCGAGGCCAUCGGCGCCCUGCGCGGUCAUGAGGACAAGAUCCGCGUGGUGCUCAACAAGGCCGACAUGGUGGAGACGCAGCAGCUGAUGCGCGUCUACGGGGCGCUCAUGUGGGCGCUGGGCAAGGUGGUGGGCACGCCCGAGGUGCUGCGCGUCUACAUAGGCUCCUUCUGGUCCCAGCCCCUCCUCGUGCCCGACAACCGGCGCCUCUUCGAGCUGGAGGAGCAGGACCUCUUCCGCGACAUCCAGGGCCUGCCGCGGCACGCGGCGCUGCGCAAGCUCAAUGACCUGGUGAAGAGGGCCCGGCUGGUGCGGGUUCACACGUACAUCAUCAGCUACCUGAAGAAGGAGAUGCCCUCCGUGUUUGGGAAGGAGAACAAGAAAAAGCAGCUGAUCCUCAAGCUGCCCGUCAUCUUCGCCAAGAUUCAGCUGGAGCAUCAUAUCUCCCCCGGCGACUUUCCUGACUGCCAGAAGAUGCAGGAGCUGCUGAUGGCUCAUGACUUCACCAAGUUCCACUCGCUGAAGCCGAAGCUGCUGGAGGCGCUGGACGAGAUGCUGACGCACGACAUCGCCAAGCUGAUGCCCCUGCUGCGGCAGGAGGAGCUGGAGAGCACCGAGGUGGGCGUGCAGGGCGGCGCCUUCGAGGGCACCCACAUGGGCCCCUUCGUGGAGCGGGGGCCCGACGAGGCCCUGGAGGACGGCGAGGAGGGCUCGGAUGAGGAGACCGAGUGGGUGGUGACCAAGGACAAGUCCAAAUACGACGAGAUCUUCUACAACCUGGCGCCAGCGAACGGCAAGCUGAGCGGCACCAAGGCCAAGACCUGGAUGGUGGGCACCAACCUCCCCAACUCGGUGCUGGGGCGCAUCUGGAAGCUGAGUGACGUCGACCGGGACGGCAUGCUGGACGACGAGGAGUUCGCCCUGGCCAGCCACCUCAUCGAGGCCAAGCUCGAGGGCCACGGGCUGCCCACCAACCUGCCGCGUCGCCUCGUGCCGCCCUCCAAGCGGCGCCACAAGGGCUCCGCCGAGUGAGCCGCCGCCGCCCGCAGGGCCUCCCGCCCACGCGCCCCGCCGCGGCUCCCCAGCUUCGGUCAGCUGCACGCACACCCCCGGCCCACGUGCACCCCGCCUGCCCGCCUGCCCAGCUGUAAGGACGGGGGUCUCUCUAUGUCCUACCGCCAGACAGAGGGGACCAGGGGAGGGGCAAGGCUUCUCUGCUCACCCUUCACACCUCUGCCCACACGUACACUUAGGCACAUCACACUGACAUUAACACACGCGCGCGGAGGCAUCCGUCCGUUCAUCCUCCAUUCAAGUAUUUAUUGAGCACCUAGUCCAUUCGGCGUUUGGGGCUCGUUCUAGGCACUGGGGAGUCCAGAGAACAAAACAGACAUAAUAUCUGCCCUCAUGGAGCUGACGUUCUCAGGAGAGAGCACCUACGUGUCAUUCAAAUGUGUGCGCGCGCGCGCGCGCGCGCGCACACACACACACACACACACACACACACACACACACACAGAGGCCCUGACCAGUCCCAUCCUGGAUUCUGGGUAGGACCCCUCGCCUCUCCCCAUAAAUGAGCAGCUACUUGGUUGAAAUGACUAAUAGGCCCCCUGCUCUACUUCCUCUUGCCCCCCCGGGAAGGGCCCCCCCAUCCUAUCCUCAGGCCUUGGGACCACCGGGGGUUCAGAGGGAAGACACAAUCUCCUACUUCCUCAGAUGGACCCCUCUUAGCCCCUCCCCCCGGCUCCGGUCACGGCCUUUUUAAUAAGGAUCUUUCCGGGACAAAAAAGCCUCCCCAGUUUUUGCUCUUACCAGACUGUGCUCACUUGGAGGUAUUUGUGUUCCUCCCCUGCCCCGUGCCCCCCCCCCCCCACCUUGGGCUGAAAGCCCAGCCUGACCCCUAUCCCCCUUCCAGCGGGUGGUCAUGAUUUAAGACUGUGGGGUCCCAGCCUUGCCAUCCAUCAGUCCAUAUUGAUGUGGCGCCCCUACCAAAUAUAAAAGACCCCAGGGCUUUAUUUUAGUCCCCUUUUCAGGGAGGUUAUGGGGGUACAGGCUCUUGGUGCUACAGCCCCCCCUCUCCUAUAGGGACCUUGUACCCCCUUUCCUGCCAUCACCCCAUAUUAGUGCUUGACCCUGGUGGGAACCCCAUGGAAAAGACGAGGAAGAGGAAAAUAGAGCACUGGAUAGGAUUCCCACGCUCACCAUCCCCCUCCCCCCCGCCCCAAUAUCUGGGAGGGGCCUGUGAACGGAAUAGCGGGCCCACAGAGCGAAUAAAGCCAAGGCUUCUUUCCA